UUGCCAGAUAGCGAGGGUAGGAGACACAAGUCCAACAGAACACUGAACGUCAGAUAUACACCACUCGUACCAGCUGAUGUAUAAAUAAUAAGUAUAUACUGUCUUGUGCACGACAACCUUCAUCACUUAUAUAACUAACAAUAUCGAGACAGUUUGAAUGUGGACUUGCUAUUACGGAAGAUUCUUCAUAGAAACAUUAUUAGCUAAUCCUAUACACAUUGCUUAGAGAGAGAAUUUGGACCUGGGAAGGCGAAGAUUCUGGGUAGAAGGCAACUGGGGAGACAAUCUAGAUUUAAACUAUUUAGAAAUAUUAUUGUUUUUCAUCCUGUGCGAGAAACUAGACGCAACAGUAACAUCUACAAUGUAUAUAAAAAUGAUACCAGCUUUGUUAUUGGUUGCUGUGAUGAAUCCAACCGAUGGUGCCACGCUGAACCCUGUCAUAAUAGUACCCGGUGAUGCGGGUAGUCGGCUAGACGCAGUGUUGAAUAAAACAAGUGUGGUACAUUAUUUAUGUCGUAAAGAAUCCCGUCUCUAUAACAUCUGGAUAAAUCUACUAGAACUCAUCCCGCCAGUUAUAGAUUGUUUCAUAGAUAACUUGAGAUUAGUAUAUAAUAAUGUGACUCGAACAACCAGUAACAGUCCUGGUGUAGAUAUCUAUAUACCUGGUUUUGGUGAUACCAACACGGUAGAAUAUUUAGAUCCGUCUAUCCAAGUACUAGCUGCUGGAUAUUUUGCUAAAAUAGUAAACAGUUUAACGGAAUGGGGUUAUGUCAGAGGUCAGUCUGUCAGAGCAGCACCGUAUGAUUUUAGGAAGGCACCAAAUGAAAUGGGUGUCUACUUUAUAAGAUUAAAGAAUCUGAUAGAAGACACAUACAUAAUGAACAAUAACACUCCUGUCGUUCUACUGGCUCAUAGUCUUGGUGGAUGUGUGAGUCUAUAUUUCUUGAACAACCAGUCUCAAUCAUGGAAAGAUAAAUACAUAAGUAAAUACGUCACAGUUUCAGUACCAUGGGGUGGAACAAUUAAAUCUCUAUUACUCUUCACGUCAGGUUAUUAUUUUGAAUCUCGGCGCAUGCGCAGACUAGAGAGAACCAUGUCCAGUUCUGCCUUUUUAAUGCCGUCGGACAAGUUCUGGAAAUCGGACGAAGUUCUGGUGAUGACCCCUUUCAAGAACUACACCGUCAAUGAUUAUAAAGAAUUCCUUAACGAUUUAGACCUGGACUCCGCCUACCAGAUGAGAAGAGACACAGAGCAAUUGAUACGAGAUCUGAAACCACCAGGGGUCGCUGUUUAUUGUGUGCAUGGUCAAGACAUUCCAACCCCCCACAUGCUGGUCUUUGACUCAGAUCGCCACCGAUGGCCGGACGAUCAUCCACGGUAUGUUUUAGGCGAUGGUGACGAAACGGUCGGUGUCCGUAGCUUGACAGGUUGUCUGCGGUGGGUGGGACAACAGCAACAGGACGUAAAUCACCAAGUGUUUCCAAAGGAAAAACAUCUUGCGAUAUUGUUCGGCGACUACUUUAUUGAUUAUCUCAAGUCAAUCUUGUUUCAAAAUAACUAACUUCCGGUGAGCUUUAUCACGUGAUCUGAAACAGUGUUAUAGAAACCUGUUUAACAUAUUAUUUGUAUACUUAAUUUUAACUACGAUAUACUAAUAAAGGGAGAUAACUAUCUUUUCUGAACCAGAAACAAGCUGAUUAAAAUACAGAUCUAUGUUUCGUUUCGUUUUUUUAUACUUUCGAUGGCCUACACUACAUGAAGAUCUGACCGGUUGUGGCAAUAGGUCGCGUCAGAGGUCAUACGGGUGGCUUUUGACCCUAUGACAUCAGAUAUUUUAUUAACUAAUCAGCAUUGAUGUUACUAGUAUAUUACCCACAGUUUCGUGCAAAACACGCAUAAAGCUCGCCGUAACAAACCGUUUCAUUGGCUAAUCCCUCACAUCAUUCAAAACACAUCAAUGAUAACAACUCUUCCAGAUCCUGGUGUAGUAAAGACAAGUAAAACGAAAUUUUGAACUAUAAAAACGAAUCGAAAUAGGAUCUGUGUUUUAAUCAGAUUGAACCAGAAAAUGAGGUUUUAUUUUAUUUCAAUAAAUUCAUUUAUGCCUAUACUAGAGUUAGAUUUAGAACUCACCCCUGAUCCAACUUCACGUCGUGUACAAUUGUUUAUGGACACCUGUCAAUCCGUUUCACAGAGAAUUGCGAGUCUUUUCAUAUCUCUGUAAAAGAUGACUGCCUUUAACACGUGCCGUCACAGCACGCGGCGUCAAUCAUUGGCUGAAUGGCGAGUGCAUUGUUUACAUAAGACGUUACUGCUUCGGGCAGAAUGCUGCCUUUUAGUCAUUUUAAUAAACAUUUACACUAAAUAGUAAAUAAUUUUUACCUAUAAAUACGUCAAACGUCUUUAUUUUUCUAAUACGUCAAAAAAUGUUUUUGAAUUUAAUUGGAAAAAAUGUAAUAUUUGAGACCCAUUAAGUCGAAUUGAUGUCAUCCUUAUCAGUGAUUGUAGCGGCCUAGCGAAUAUUCAUUGCUGAUCAGUGUGGACACCUGUAACUACCAUUUGUAAUUUCGAUUUUUCGCUCCGUUAGAACGCGAAAGUCGAAAAGUCGUAAAAUACAAGUUACGACGACAUGUAAGGCGAUAGCACGCACACAAAGCAAAAUUCAGCUUGAAAAUAGGGAAUUAAGAAAUAAACACACCGCGAUAAUAGCGCUCAUCGUUUUCGACUUUCGUACUGUUAUCGUGGUCGUUGCCGUCUUCCCAGGUUUAAAAAUGAAAUGAGGGUUUAACGUCCUACUGUUCUUCUCAGACUGAGCUAACGAAGGUGUAGAGAAAAGGGGUUUAACGUCCACUCGACAAAUCGGCCCCUUUUGUCGCGACGCAGGAGCGCCAUCACGUAGUGAUCUCUAAAACUAUUAUGGCCACUUCCGCCUUCAUUUCUAUCGGGUUUGGAGCUCAAAGUACGGCAAUAAACUCGCUCUAACUUGACUGAAUGAAAAAUCUAACAUACCUUUCGACUUUGUGGAAUAACAAUCUAUAAUUCUACUGAUCUUUUUUUUGAAAAUCUUAUCGGAUUCCUGAGAACAGAUGUAGGCCUAUUUUCUUCAUGAUCACCAUCAAAACAUUGAAGAAUCCAUUAUGUCGUAAAUUUUAUGUUAAUUAGAUUGCCAUUACUUAGAUUUUCCUUUUUCUCGCUGUUUUAUUGUCGAUUUGGGAUGAUACGAAUAUUUAGUAUAUAUUAAAGACGUCUCUAUUCAUUUGACCUCAUUUGACGUUUAAACCUAUAUAAUGUACAUGAAUUUUAGGUACUAUAUUUGUUUUGCGGAUGAAUACAGCUGUUCUGUAAUGCUUAAUAUUGAUCUGUAACAUUAAGAGUUAAGUGGAUUUAUCUCCCUUUCAUGAUUAAUAAUAAUGUUCUCAUGAGCCGUUUUUUUUUUCGGCAUGAAGCCUAAGUGCAUUAUGUGUAUCUCCCCUGUUGGGAGCUAUGUAUACUAUUAUAUUUUCUUGCUUGACUGUCAUUUGGGUUUUGUCUCUUUGUUUGCUCUGUACCAUGUCCCCUGACGACCCUUGA